AUGCGCCUCGACUUGUUCAUCAGCGCCACCUCCUGGCUUGCCGGCUCGGUCGCUUCGCCCCGACCGUCCGCUGGCGCCGUCCCCACCGGCGCCGUCCCCACCGGUUCCGUCCCCACCGGUUCCGUCCCCACCGGUUCCGUCCCCACCGGCUCCGUCCCCACCGGCUCCGGCGCCACCCACCAGCAGCGCCGGCAGCCACAAGGACCGGCGCCAAGGGACUCGUGUUCCGACGCAUCGAGCCUGUUUCCAGACGUACCGGCCAUCCCCGCCGGCGCCUGGGACUCGCACAUCCACGUCACCGACCCGGACGGCUUCCCUCCGCAUCCGGACGCGCGGUAUACGCCGGGCGUCCACACCAUCUGGGACAACGGCGCCUUUGAGAACAGCAUCCACUGCAAGCACGUCGUCAUUGUCCAGCCCUCCAUCUACGGCGCAAACAACACGCUGCUCAUCAAAUCGCUCGAGGCCAUCGGCUCCGGUCACCGCGCCGUCGUCGUGCUCGACGCCGCCGCCGCCAACAACCCGGCGCUGCUGCGCUCCUGGCAUGGCCUCGGCGUCAGGGGCGUCCGCGUCAAUCUCCAGAGCGAAGGCGUCGUUGAGUCGGCCGAGACGCUCGAGCGCCGGCUCAGGCAAUACGCCGCCGCCAUCAAGCCGCUCAACUGGGUCCUGCAGCUGUACACCCCCAUGGCCCUCAUUCCCUCGCUGGUCCAUCUGCUGCAGGAGCUUGACGUGCGCGUUGUCUUUGAUCAUCUCGGAGCCCCAGCCCUGCCGAGCAACGCAGCCGGCUCGCCCGCCCGCACCCUCCAGCAACCCGCCGGCUUUGAAGCCCUGAUCCACCUCCUCAGCAAGGGGAAGACGUGGGUCAAGAUAUCCGGCCCCUACCGCCUGUCCAAGAAGCCCUUGGACCCAGAUUAUAAAGACCUGGACCCCAUCAUUGAGAAAUUGUUCAAGGUGGCGCCGUCGAGGCUUGUCUACGGCUCCGACUGGCCACACACAAGAUUCGAGGGGCAGGACAUCAAGCCGUGGACGAGGCACCUGCUUAGUAUGACCAGAGGAGACGACGUGCUACGGCGCAAACUUUUCACGGACAACGCGCAGGAGCUUUGGGGCGCCAAAUGA